AUGUCGUCCCCUGAGAAGAAGAAGAGAAACAAGACGACGACGAAGGAACUGUUGCUCCCACCAACCCCGGAAUCGACCCCAAGUCUGUAUCUUCCCGAUGAUUUGCUUCUGAGCUGCUUCGCACGGGUCUCGAGACUCGACUACCCGACUCUCCCCCUCGCCUCCAAGGGCUUCGGUUCUCUCAUUUCUUCACCGGAGCUUUACCAGAUUCGCUCCCAGUUAAACCGCACCGAGAUCUGUCUCUACGUGUGCUUAUCGCUCCCUCCUGAUCCAAACCCUAAAUGGUUUACUCUCUGCCGGAGACCUAAGCUAGGUAGCCCUCUCUUGGUUCCAGUCACAUCUCCUCCUUCUACUCCUGUUGAGGCUAACUUCGUCGCUGUUGUUUCUGAGAUCUAUCAAAUUGGCGGACGCAUCAAUGGCGUGCCGUCUUCUAACGUCUCGGUCUUGGACUGCCGGUCUGACGGUCUCACUCGUGGCGCCAGGCUCCAAACAUGCGUGUGGCUAAGGACAACCGAGCAGCCAUUGCCCUUAAUGGAAAGAUAUAUGUUAAAGCAGACCCAUUUAAACGCAACUAUGGACCUAAACUGGUAG